GCAACAGCGCCAGCUCCCUUUGACGUUUCGGAUCGAGUGGCGACGUGUCAGAUUUUCUCAAGAGAAAGUGCUUUUUCCACAUAUAAAUUGUUUUCCCAACCCGUAAAUCGCUCAAUUUGCAACCCAACACGAUGGCACCCAAGCAGAGGAUGAAGAUUGCCAACGAAAAGGCCGAGAAGUACAUCACUAUGCGCGGAAAUGUACCCAAAAGUUCGAAGAACAAGGAUGAGCAGUACUCCGUGGGUCCAUGGCUACUGGGGCUCUUCAUCUUUGUCGUAUGCGGAUCAGCCAUCUUCCAGAUUAUCCAAUCCAUUCGUGUGGCGUGAGCUGCUGCUGCCCUUCCGGACGCCCUCAUCUCAGGCACCUGCGGGACAUCUCAACUCUCAAGGGCUCUCCCCCCAUCACGACUGACGUUGGAAUCAACUGCAUAAAUUUGUUUUUUCUACAAAAAAAUCCCCCUGAAAGUACCAUCAGCAGGACAAACAUUUCUUCUUGGACUCUGUGCAAUUUUUCUUUUGACUUUCUCUCUCUUCAAAUUUAUCAUUCCCAGAGCGCAAUUUAUGUUUGUAUUUUGUACAUUUACUCAAAUGGAUCGUAACAAAAAAUGUGUCUAAAUAGUGGAAAUAAAAAUGUAAGAAAAUCCAUUUGAUUUGCAAGCAAA